AUGGGGGGAUCGUCAAAAGAAAUCGCCAGGUCGGACAGCAGGCCAUCCUUCAUGGCGGGGGAGGUGAAGGCGAUUGAUGCCGAUGCCGCAAAGCUGGCAGAGAUGGGUUACACGCAGGACAUGCAGCGCAACUUCAGCGUCUGGUCUGUGUUGGGCGUGGGCUUCUCGCUGACCAACUCAUGGUUUGGCAUUUCGGCAGCACUGGUCACUGGAAUCAACUCGGGCGGCCCGCUGCUCAUCGUCUACGGCAUCAUGAUCAUCGUCUGCGUAUCUGUCUGCGUCGGCAUCUCCCUUUCAGAACUGGCCAGCGCACUCCCCAACGCCGGAGGCCAGUACUUCUGGGCCAACGAACUGGCGCCGAAGCGGUACGCCAACUUCGCAUCCUACCUGACCGGAUGGUUUGCGUGGGCCGGCUCUAUAUUCACGUCCGCCAGCGUCGCCUUGGCCAUGGGCAGCGCACUAUGCGGCUGCUGGCAGCUGUCACAUCCUGACUUCGUGAUCGAGACCUGGCAUGUCUUCGUCGCCUAUCAGGUCGUCAACGUCUUCUGCUUCGUCUUCAACUGCUGGGGCAAAGUGCUCCCCGCAAUCUCGUCCACAACGCUCUACAUCUCCCUCAUCUCCUUCGCCGUCAUCCUCAUCGCCAUCCCCGCCGCGGCGCCCACACACCAACACGCCAAGUUCGUCUUCGCCACCUUCAUCAACAACACGGGCUGGAACUCCAACGGCAUCGCCUUCAUCGUCGGCCUCGUCAACACCAACUGGGCCUUCGCCUGCCUCGACUGCGCCACGCACCUCGCCGAAGAAGUCCACGCGCCCGAGCGCAUGAUCCCCAUCGCCAUCAUGGGCACCGUCGGCAUCGGCUUCGCCACCUCCUGGACCUACUCCGUCGCCAUGUUCUUCAGCAUCGUCGGCGACUUCCAAGAGCUCGUCGCGACCCCGACACUCGUCCCCAUCCUCGAGCUCUUCGCGCGCGCGACCUCCAACACCGCCGGCGCCAUCGCCCUCGAGGCCCUCAUCAUCGCCACCGGCCUCGGCUGCCUCGUCGCCUCGCACACCUGGCAGUCGCGGCUCUGCUGGUCCUUCGCGCGCGACCGCGGGCUGCCCUUCCACGGGUGGCUCGCCCGCGUCCACCUCCGCCUCGACGUGCCGCUCGCGGCCCACGCCGCCAGCUGCGCGCUCGUCGCCGCCGUCGGCUGCCUCUACCUCGGCUCCUACACCGCCUUCAACAGCAUGGUCACCGCCUGCAUCGUCCUGCUCUACGUCUCGUACAGCAUCCCCGUCGCCUGCCUGCUGCUGCGCGGCCGCGACUCCAUCGAGCACGGCCCGUUUUGGCUGGGGCCCAUAGGCGCCGCUGCGAAUGUCGUCUUGUUGGCCUGGACGGCGUUUACCGUCGUCAUGUACAGCUUUCCGUAUUCGAAGCCCGUCGAGGCGAGCAAUAUGAAUUAUGUGAGUGCCGUGUAUGGCGUCGUGUGCGCGAUUAUGGGCGUCGAUUGGGUGUGCAGGGGGAGGAGGGAGUAUAGGGGCCAGAGCACGAGGCAUGAGCAGGUGGAGGAGGUGGUGAGGAGGCAGGGGAGUGUGGUUGAAGGGACGGCGUGA